AUGGAAAAACAAAUGCUGAGUUCAGCUAGAAAGGAAGCCCUGAUCAAGUCAGUGAUUCAAGCAAUGCCAAAUUAUGCCAUGGCUUGCUUUAAGUUACUAGAAGGACUGUGCAAGGAUAUAUGCAAGUAUUUAGCGAAUUUCUGGUGGGGAAGCGUGCAACAAGAUAGGAAAAUGCAUUGGACAAGUUGGAAGAAAUUAUCAGAAGUCAAAGGAAAGGGAGGACUGGGAUUCAGAGAUUUGGAAGCCUUUAACGAAGCCUUACUUGCUAAGCAACUUUGGAGAAUUAUCACUUUCCCAAAUCUGCUAAUGAGCAAGGUGAUUAGAGCAAAGUUCCUAAAAGAUCCAAAUGGUCUUGAAAACAACCCCUCUCAAUCAGCAUCAUGGACAUGGAAAAGCAUUCAUAGUGCAUGGAGACUGAUACAGAGAGGCUUGUGGAAAAGAAUAGGAAAAGGAUGCCAGGUGAACAUGUGGAAGUAUAGGUGA